UUUCUGCAGCUGGUGGACGCCUGUGCCAGCUUCCUCACAGAAGCCUUGAACCCAGAAAAUUGCAUUGGAAUACUGAGGCUGGCGGAUACACACUCGUUGGACAGUUUAAAGAUGCAAGUUCAAAGUUACAUCAUUCAAAACUUCGUUCAGAUUCUGAACUCUGAGGAGUUCCUGGAACUUCCGGUGGAUACCUUGUAUCACAUCUUGAAGAGUGAUGACCUUUGUGUGACCGAGGAGGCUCAGGUGUUUGAGACCGUGAUGAGCUGGGUCCAGCACAAACAGUCAGAACGACUCUGCCUCCUCCCUUGUGUUCUCGAGAACGUGCGCUUACCGCUUCUGGACCCGUGGUACUUCGUGGAGAUGGUUGAAGCAGAUCCUCUCAUUAGACAGUGUCCUGAGGUCUUCCCACUGCUGCAGGAAGCCAGGAUGUACUACCUCUCUGGCAAUGAGAUUAUUUCAGAGCGUACCAAGCCCAGGAUGCACGAGUUCCAGUCUGAGGUGUUCAUGAUUAUUGGCGGCUGUACCAAAGAGGAACGAUUUGUGGCAGAGGUAACCUGCCUGGAUCCCCUGAGGCGCAGUCGUCUGGAGGUGGCCAAGCUUCCACUGACAGAGCACGAGCUGGAGAGUGAGAAUAAGAAGUGGGUGGAGUUUGCCUGUGUGACAUUAAAAAACGAGGUCUACAUCUCAGGUAAGUGGGAGGCUGGGAUCAAAGCAGUCCCCUGAUAGCAUCCUACACUUCCCUAAAUGGAAACCAACCAACUGCCCUGCAAGAAUGUCUGAGUUCACUGUGGUCUAGCUCUGUGGGUCAGGAUAUGGGACCAGGAGCGUAGGUGGUCUUGUCCUGGAGAAAACAUUAUCACUUAAUAAAUACUGAUAUGUGAGCAGCACAGACAGCUCCAGCCCUCAUGGAGGAACAAAAAUGAGAGUAAUGUCAGGGCUUGUUCAGUCUAUUGUAGGCGCCGGGCACUGAUCUGGGUAUACAGCUAGUAAUGAAAUGUCUUAUCCUGCCAUAAACCCAACCUUCCCAAAUUUCUUAGACAUUCUAUGAUACAUGUCUACUGAAGUAAUAUGAAUACGUAUUCAUUUUCAUUGCUAACUUAAUCAUUAACAGUUCUUUGUGCUCGCCUUCUCCUUAGAUGUGAAGUUCCAUGAGCGUUAACACACUCUCUCUCUUACCUAGCAGUGAAGAUGCUCAGUAGAUGUUUGUUAAUUACACAGUCGCUAUCAUCUUUAGAACUUAGUAGGUAAACCAACGGCAUGCAAUUACCAGUCACAGCGGGGGAGGCCAGAUGAUGAAGUAGGAGAAAACGGGGCUCAGAGAGGUUCUGGAAGGUAAUGUAGAUCCUGGUACUGGACAGGAUCACCAUCUAGGGCUAAGCCCAGUCCUUCUCACUCAUAUCCAAAGGAAGACACAAACAUUCCCUUCCUAAU